AUGACGACUCCGCUGAGGACGGUGUUCAUCAACCACGGGGGCGGGCCGUGCUUUUUCAUGCCGGACGGCGCGAUGGGCCCGCCCGGAGCGUGGAACUCCAUGGCCAGCCAUCUCAAAGCGCUCGUCCCUUCCGUCUGUCCGAAGAAGCCCGCCGCGGUGCUCGUGAUCAGCGCCCACUGGGAGACGGAGGAGCCCACGGUUCUGAGCUGCGCGAACCCCCCGCUGCUGUACGACUACUACGGUUUCCCCCCGGAGACGUACGAGCUGAAGUGGCCGGCGCCCGGGGACCCGGCGCUGGCGGCGAGGGUGCGCGAGCUGCUCGAGGCUGGCGGGUUCAAGACCGGCGAGGACGCGAAGAGGGGGUUCGAUCACGGGGUCUUCAUCCCCCUGAAGCUGUCGUUCCCGGACGCGGACGUGCCCACCGUGCAGCUCUCGCUCGUCGUGGGGUUGGACCCGGAGAAACACCUCGCCAUGGGCAGGGCCCUCGCUCCGCUGCGCGGCGAGAACGUCCUCAUCAUCGGCUCCGGGCAAUCGUUCCACAACAUGUCGGGAUUCUUCGGCGGAGGCUUCGAGGAGCCGGCGCGGGAGUUCGACCGGUGGCUCAACGAGACGUGCGUCGGGGUGGAACCGCGUCAACGGUCGGAACGGCUCAGGAACUGGACCGCCGCGCCGAGCGCGAGGGCGGUGCACCCGCGGGAGGAGCACCUCGCGCCGCUCUUCGUCGCGGCGGGGGCGGCGGAGGACGAACCGGGCGAGCGGGUGUUCGCCGAUGACGUGUUGAAUCUCGCCAUGUCCGGGUUCGCGUUCGGGGCGACGAGCGAGUGCGUCGCUCCUUAG